AUGACUUUAGCUGGUCGGAUUUCUGCUAUGCUUACAGCAGCUUCUGUCGACAUCUUUGGAGUCUCCUUCGGGGUCUCCAUAUUUGCCUCCAUUUUGCUCAUCUUGCUUCUCUGGACCUCCAUCAUUACCCUCUACAAGAGGAUCUCCAAACAGACCUAUUCUCGUAAUGCUAGUGCUGGUGCUGGCCCACCUCCACAGUCACCAGCUGCGCCACAGACAUAUAAUUAG